UUUUGAUUGAUUCUUUUUCGAAUAACUUUUUAUCUGUUUUUCACGAUCUUUCACUGUAUCUGUUGAAUGAUCCUAAAUCAAUCCAUUUCAACUCCUCGGCUUUGACCAUCCCAUCUGAAAAAAAAUAAAUAAAUACAUAAAUGUGCUUUUAACCAACCAUCCACGGACCUCAACUGCCACACUCGCACACUGAUUACUCUUUGGCUUCUUGUCCGACACUGAUACUUCGAGACCUUAAAAAUCCGGAUAAGGCUAAGAAUUUGUUUAAACAUGGCUGAGUACGACGGAGUCAAAGUUCCAACUGUUAAACUUGGCAAUCAGGGACUUGAGGUGUCAAAGUUGGGUUGUGGUUGUAUGCGCCUGAGUGAUAUCCAGUCAGAGGAGGAUGGGAUUUUGAUAAUAAAAGAGGCUUUUAACAAGGGAAUCACUUACUUUGACACAGCCGAUCUUUAUGGUGCUCACUCUAAUGAACUUCUUGUUGGAAAGGCGUUGAAGCAAUUGCCUCGACAAAAAAUUCAAUUAUCCACCAAGUUUGGUAUAGUGGGAGUAGAGGGUAGUGGUAUCAUAGUGAAGGGAACUCCUGAGUAUGUGCGUUCAUGCUGUGAGGCCAGCUUGAAGCGUCUUGAUGUGGAUUAUAUUGAUCUCUAUUAUCAGCAUAGGAUUGACACUUCAAUCCCUAUAGAGGAAACUAUGGGUGAGCUGAAGAAGCUUGUGGAGGAGGGGAAGAUAAAAUAUAUUGGGCUAUCCGAAGCCAGUCCUGACACUAUAAGGAGGGCACAUGCAGUUCAUCCCAUUACAGCACUGCAAAUGGAAUGGUCGCUUUGGACCCGUGAUAUUGAGGAAGAGAUAGUUCCUCUUUGCAGGGAGCUUGGCAUCGGAAUAGUUCCAUAUAGUCCUCUUGGUCGUGGUUUCUUCGGUGGCACAGGAGUUGUGGAAAGUGUGCCUACAAAUGGUUUUCUGGUAAAAGAUUUUUGCCUAUUCAGUGCUGCCACGUAUCUCUUUGAAAAUGAUGUUACGAAGUGA